AUGGUGCUGCGCUACCCGCUCUUCACCGCGCUGCGCGUGGUUUUCAUGGCGGGCCCGCGCCUGCUGGGCGUGCUCGCGCUCUUCUCGCGCCUCUCCGCCUCACGCCCCAUCCCGCCGCCCCUCUGGGCCUUUGCGCCCUGGAAGGGCCGCGACGUGCACCGCAGCAGCCAAGAGGUAUUGGAAGAUGCGGAGAAGCUGCGGCAGCAGGGCAUACCGGGGUCGGUGAUUCUGAUAGACAGCCCGUGGGAGACGAGCUACAACGACUUCACCAUGAACCGGCACCAGUUUCAGGAUCCCCAAACGCUCUUCUCCAAGCUGCAUGCCCUCGGCUUCCGGGUGGUGUUCUGGGCGACGCCGUUCAUCAAUCUGGUCAACCGGGUGGACAUGCGUGGCAUCACGCCCACCGCCGCGCCCAACUACCAUGAGGCGGCGCAGCAAGGCUUCCUCGUGCGCAACGCCACGGGGCACCCGCAGGUGGUGCGCUGGUGGAAGGGGCGCGGGGCGCGCGUGGACUUGAGCAACGCGGAGGCGGAGCGGUGGUGGCGCGGGCAGAUGGGGAAGAUGCUGCAGUGGGAGGAGGUGUUUGGGGGCGUCAAGGCCGACGACGGCGAGGGCGCGUACUUUGAGGCGGGCGCCGUGUUCCAUGAUGGCACGCCUCUGGAGCUCAUGCGCAACAAGUACAUACAGCUGUACCUGGCCAGCAUGCAGCGCUUCAUCAAUGAGAGCGUGGGGGCCACUCAGGGUGUUGUUCUCGCCCGCUCUGCCUUCACAGGCACCGCCAGCUCCUUUGUGUGGGCGGGCGACAACAGGGCGUCCUUCUCUCAGUCGGACGGGCUGCCAUCGGUGGUGGUGGCGGGGCAGACAGCGGCGCUGUCAGCGCUCUUCCUGUGGGGCAGUGACAUCGCGGGCUACCUGGGCAAGUCCAUCCCGCGCAACGUCUUCAUCCGCUGGACGCAGUUCGGAGCGCUGUCCCCGCUGAUGCAUCAGUUCGGGCAGGCCAACAACGGCCCGUGGGACUACGAUGCCGUCACGCUGCGCAUCUACCGCCGCUUCGCCCGCCUGCACACUGCCCUCGCGCCGUACCUGCUGCGCGCGGCACGCCUGGCAUCCAGCGAGGGGCAGCCGGUGAUGUGCCCGAUGGCGCUGUGUGCGCAGGGGGAUGAGGGCUCGGAGAGUGGGCGGUGGGAGGGGCAGUACCUGCUGGGGGGCGACCUGCUGGUGGCACCCGUGGUGAACGAGACCAACCGCGUGCAGGUGUUCUUCCCGGCGUCCACCCCAUACUGGCGCCAUCUGUUGUCGGGGCGGCGGUACAGCGGCGGGCAGGUGGCAGCGGUGGCGGUGCCACUGGAGGAGGCGGCGGUGUUUGUGAGGGAGGGCGCCGUGAUGGAGGUGCUGCCGGAUGACACCGACACUCUCGUGCCGUGUGGCGCGCACAUCCUGCCAUCGGUCAAGUGCAUGCCCAGCCAUCGCACCAUCCAGCUGUGGCCGGGUGGGGCGGGCAGCACGGAGCUGUGUGUGCUGCUGCGCGUGUCCCACCACUACGAGGGCACCGUCACUCCUGCCUCCCAGGGACUGGCGGGCGGCACUGCCGGGUCUGGCAGCAGCGUGGGCGAGGGCAGUGGCGACAGCCGUGCUGCCCACAGCGGUAGCAGCAGCAGUUCUACAAGUGGUGGCACCGGUGGUGGGAAGAUGGGCAUCGAGUUAGUAGAGGGAGAGCGCAGUGCAGGUGGCAGCUUGGCAGGUGGGGAAGGUGGAGAAGAGGGAGAUGCGGAGGCGGAGGGGGGUGGGGGGCUGCAGGGUGGGGGUGAUGGUGAUGCGGCGAGGGGCGAGGGUGAGGGGGUGGAGGAUCUGCCUCAGAUGGACGCUGCGCAGGAGGACGAGGGGGGAGGGGGCGGUGCAGGAGGCGAGGGCAAGGAGGAGAGCGAUGUGGGAGUGAGACGGGCGAGGAGACUGCUGGGAAUGAGAGAGGGUGCUGUGCAGGGGGUUGAGGCGGGUGUGCUGCGCUUGCGGAGCCAGCAGCAGCAAGGGGGGGCGAGGGGCGAGAGUGGGGGCAGGCGAGUGGUGGAGGUUGCAUGGGGGGGUACGGCGCGCAGGGAGGUGCAUGUGAUGCUCAUGUUCGAGCGCGUCCCACACGUCACUCUCACACUGCUGCCGCCCGCUGGUGCCGCUGCUGACAGCACACAGGAGGCCCGGCGUGUGCCGUGUGAGAGUGCUGAGAGCCUGGACAGGCCGCUGUCUCUGUGUCGUCUGCACCUAGAAAAGGGAAUUACACGGAUAGUUUAUCCUGUGUGA